GAACGCAUUUUAGGAUUGAGCCUAGGUUAACUAACCAUCAGAGCAACUGAGGUUACAAUAGUUAGAUAAAUAAAAGCUGUUCUUCCUUCUACGGCUGUAAUUUUAGUUGCUUAAAGAAUCCAGCUAGACACCAAGAAGUGAAAAGAAGAUUAUAGUGGAUGUUUUGAGUUCCAAACUUUUAGAGAAACGUCCAGAAGGAGGAUUAUUAGUGGCAGGAAUUGCGAAGAUCUCAGCUGCUUUGCUUUCACAAGCUUCCAGGUCGUGCAGUGAAGUUCAUCAUGUCUUCAUCUCUCCAUCUGCUGCUCUGAUUUCAUGGGGAGUUUAAGGAUCAUGAUGGCACCGAAGUUUCAGCUCCUGGCGCUGCUGGCCUUCGCAGUGGCCAUGCUGUUCCUGGAGAACCAGGUCCACCAGCUGGAGGAGUCCAGAGGCAAGCUGGAACGCGCCAUCGCAAGGCUGGAAGUGCGCGACAUCGAGGAACGUCGCACUCAGGAGGGACUGAGGGAAUCGCGCGAGGACGUAGAGAACGACGUAGUGGUCAUCUAUAACCGAGUCCCCAAAACAGCCAGCACCUCCUUCACCAACCUCGCAUACGACCUGUGCAGCAGGAACCACUACCACGUCCUGCACAUCAACACCAGCAAGAACAACCCCGUCAUGUCCCUGCAGGACCAGGUGCGCUUUGUGAAGAACGUGACGAUGUGGAAGGAGAUGAAGCCGGCGCUGUACCACGGCCACGUUUCAUUCCUCGACUUCUCCAAAUUUGGUGUGAAGAAAAAACCCAUUUACAUCAACAUAGUGCGUGACCCCAUCGAGCGCCUGGUGUCUUAUUACUACUUCCUGCGCUUCGGGGAUGAUUACAGACCCGGGCUGAAACGCAGGAAACAGGGCGACAAGAAGACAUUUGAUGAGUGUGUUGCUGCAGGAGGUUCAGACUGCGCUCCGGAAAAACUCUGGCUCCAGAUCCCCUUCUUCUGCGGUCAUUACUCUGAGUGCUGGAACAUCGGCAGCCGCUGGGCUCUGGAGCAGGCCAAGUAUAAUCUGAUAAACGAGUACCUGCUGGUGGGCGUGACCGAGGAGCUCGAGGACUUUGUGAUGAUGCUGGAGGCGGCACUGCCUCGAUUCUUCAGAGGAGCCACUGAGCUCUACAGGACAGGAAAAAAAUCCCACCUGAGGAAAACCAGCGAGAAGAAGCCGCCCACUAAGGAGUCCAUCGCUCGGCUGCAGCAGUCGGCCAUCUGGAAGCUGGAGAAUGAGUUUUACGAGUUUGCGCUCGAGCAGUUCCAGUUCGUCCGCGCUCACGGCGUGAGGGAGAAGGACGGCGAGCUGUACCUCCUGCCGCAGAACUUCUUCUACGAGAAAAUCUACCCCAAGACCACCUGAGAGGGACGAAAGCGCCGCUCUAGUGCCACUCACUGUCGUCAUAUCACUGGAGGAGGACAGCUCGGCUCUGAGAUCUGUCCGUUUCAGAAAAGUCCGUGUGCUGCAGCUGGACGUUUUACAGCUGAGCAGUGUUCAGAUGUUAUGUUGGUUUUUAUUUUUGUCUUUUUGUCCUUUUAGCUGAUGCUUUUAUACGUGGGACAAGCACCGAGAUGAGCUCAAGGGCCCUACAGAUGCAGCAGAACUCCUACAUAAUAACCACAGAUGAACGUGUAUGGUUUAGAGCUUCAGUUUCAUCUGAUUUCAUUAAGGACACAGAAAUAUCGCUAAUUACUGACGGAAGUUAAUACAAAGAAAUUCAAUAGAAAACAAAACGGAAAUCAAGCUAACUCAUCUGCAGUAGCUUUUAUCCACCUUUAUUUAUUAUUUUUUAAUUUUCCAUUUCCAGUUAAAAAUGGUUUAAAGGAGCAGGUUGUAAUGUUUAGCGCCCUCUGUUGGCUACAAAGCGAAGUGUUAGAAGUAAGGAAUAAAACACUUGGGGGUCUGCUGUUAUAGGAAAAUAAUCCACGACUUGCUGGUGUGAUGCACCGUGAUGUGAAGCAGAUUUACUCCUGCCACCCCAAGUUGAUUAUUUUCCAGUACCAGCAUGUGCCCAAGUGUUUUAUUCCAGCGAUUACGUAAACAUCCGUAACAUCCGUAAAACAGGUUAGCAGCUACAAACAGUCGUUCCUUCACCAGCCUCUCUUUCUUUCUCUCUCUUGAAAUUAAUAAGACAAAAAAAGUAUGCAAAGAAGCGUAAACUCCUCUGUCCUGAAGACGGAAAACUUGAAAACAUUUACAGCUUUACCUCUGACACUGGAGACUCCUUCUAUAACCGUCCCUGUGAAUGAGCAGUUACUAUAGAAACGAUAACGUAUUAGAACGAGUGCAUUAAUAUGAACCUGUGAUCUGCAGCUGAGAGAAAGAAUGCAAGCAGAACCCCGCGAUGAUGAAGUUCUCCAGAUGCUUCGGCAUGGCAACGUUGCGAAUUUCACUUUUCCUAAUAUAUCUUUGAAAUGAUGUCAUUCUUACACCUUUAAACAUUACAAACUGCACCUUUAAGGCGUCACACAGGAACAUUGUAAAUUCAUGCUGUGAUAAUCGUCCGAUCUGAUUUGACGGUUUGCAGUUCAUUACUGUAUCUUUCUCUGGCUUCGUUGUUUUUUUGUUGUUUUAAAUAAUACUAAAUGCUGUUCACGUAUUCAGUUAUAGGACAUUUCGAGUGAUGUGGAAUUCAUGAUCUUUAAUUGUAAUUUUAAUUAAUAUUACUGUUAACGGUAUAACUAUUUUAGAUUUUUUUAUCACGGUAUAUCGUCACUCCGAUGUAUUGUCACACCUCUAGCAGUGAACUCAGGGUUGGAUGAAAUACCUUGCUGCCAUUGCAACCAUUUUUAAAAGGUUUUAACAUCACAGAAUUCAUGUUUAUGUUGUCACCUAAACGCUACAACUCAAUCACACGUGUACUAGAUGCCUUCUCGUUAAUCUUUUAAUGGUUUAAUGAUUUCAUUACCCUUUCAGUUGGAUGACUGCACCAUUUUUAAACCCUUCCUCUGGUUUAUCGUUCUUAAGGACUGAAACUGAAGAACACUGUUCUAUAAUGUACUUCUUCUGUGCCACUGGAUCCUGAAUUCUUAUAAAUAUUUUAUUUAGAGACAGCAUGUUAUAACAUAUUUUCAUUUUCAGUAUGGUAUUGAUAUUGUAGCUCUGAAUAUUGGACAAAACUUUAUACUGACCUGAUGCUGACUUUCUCACUGGAGCUAGUAGGUAGUGUAGGCAGCUUAAAAAAAAAAUUAGGAAAAGUCUAUUUUUCUGAAAAUCUUUUCCAUGAAUUUGCUCCCCAAUCUUCACAUAAUCUCAAAAUAGCAGAGAUAGUUCAUAUUUACACAUUUAAGCUUAAAGUAGGACUUAAUUUUCUGCACAGUUUGUUGCUUUCCGCUUCAGCUCCACCUUUAAACCAUGGAGGGCGGAGCCUAUAGGGGUGGGGUGAUAUGAAACAGCACUAAUUCCUGUUUUUCAAUAUGGCCGCCUCUGUAACGUUGCAGUGUUCGGCUGUUCAGAGGUAGUUUAAGGUGGACUUUGUGUGAGUGAGGUUUAGUGACAACCUUACCAUAACGACGAAAAUCUCCUGAGUUCGGCCAGCAUGCUCAGCUUUUUUUUUCUUUUUAAUUGCAUUGUUUGUAUUAUUAAUGAAUUUUAAAUAAUUUCAGUCUCAGAAAAAAUGGAAUUCAAAGCGUGAUUAUUAAACAGACAGUGAGAAGAAGAGUUCCUGAGUGCAGAAAAAUCACUCAGCAUUUUCAUAUUCAUACAGCAUUCACAAACAAGAAUGCGUUAGAUGUUGAAAAUAACAAAAUGUACACAUUAUUCAUCAGUAAAACACCGUCACUGAUCUUCUAAUGCUAGCAACAUUAAAAACCAGUGUUUGAGAAUAAAUGGUGAAUAUUCUUGGCGAAUAUUAAACACUGAGGGGAUUACAGAGGUCAGUUUGUGUCCUGCAGCUGCAUCACACACCCAACCUCAGAGUUAUUUAAAUAUAUAAAAUAUGUAACAUGGACUGUGUUUUCUUAAGCAUUUUAUUACAUCAGGAGCAACGUGACUCAAACACACAUGCACAGAUUCCAGUAGAGAAAGGAAUCAGACACAAAUCUUUACGCAUCUUUUAUUCUUCUGUUUAACAGACAUUAACCCACGUCAUUCUUCAGAUAGAAAUUACAUUUGGUUUACUAUAUGUGUCUACAUGAACUGCGUUUUUUAUUCCGAUUGAGCUGUUAGUCUGAUUAUUCGCAGAUUAUUAGGCUGCAUGUAAACAUAGCCACUGAAUGUUUUGCCUGAUUGAUUACAUUUAGGAUAAAGUGGAACAUUUUAUACACUUUUUUUCUUUUAAGAUAGAGAUAAGAACCCAGAUUAAACCUCUCAAAGUAAUCUGUAAACAUCACACUUUUACACAAUGCAAAAAAAAUCUAAUCUAAUCUAAUCUGAGUCAGCAUUUCAGGUCAGUAUCUGUCCAUAUCAGAUUGUCAUUGAUUUUUUUUUCCUCAGCUGUACUUUAUCAUGCUGGAUGGGGGAAUUUUUACCCCCCUGUUUUAUAUAUUGGCUUUUUCAGUGUGUGUGUGUGUGUGUGUGUGUGUGUGUGUGUGUGUGUGUGUGUGUGUGAGACUGUAGACUGUAAAUUUGUGUGAGUGUGUGUCUCCUGACUUGCACCAUGUGCAAAAGAAAUGUUCUAAAUAUAGGAAGUAUGUAAAGUUA